AUGAAGUAUGUUCUUGUCUCUGGUGGUGUUAUCUCCGGUGUGGGAAAGGGUAUCAUCGCAAGCAGUACCGGUCUGCUGCUGAAAACUGCUGGUCUGUCGGUCUCCAGCAUCAAGAUCGACCCCUACCUCAAUCCCGAUGCCGGUCUUAUGAACCCCUUGGAGCACGGAGAAUGCUUUGUCUUGGACGAUGGGGGUGAAGCUGAUCUGGAUCUGGGAAACUAUGAGCGAUACCUCGGCGUCACCCUCGGCCGAGACAACAACAUCACAACGGGCAAGAUCUACCAACAUGUGAUUGAGAAGGAGCGUCGGGGUGACUACCUGGGCAAGACGGUGCAAAUCGUGCCGCAUCUUACGAACGAGAUCCAGAACUGGGUGGAGCGAGUCGCCCGGGUGCCUAUCGACGAGUCCGGGCGCGAACCCGACGUCUGCAUCAUCGAGCUCGGAGGAACCGUCGGAGAUAUCGAGAGCGCCCCGUUCGUCGAGGCCAUGAGCCAGCUCCAGCGCCGCGUUGGAAAGGCCAACUUCCUUCAGAUUCACGUCAGCUACGUGCCUUUGAUCGGCUCGGAGCAGAAGACGAAACCCACACAACGCGCUAUCAGCGACGUCCGGAGCGGUGGUCUCAGGCCUGAUUUGAUUGCCUGCCGCUGUGAGACGCCCCUCGAGGAGAUGACUAUCCGCAAGAUCGCCGGUACCUGCCAGGUGGAACGGGAUCAGGUUGUCGGAGUCCACAACGUGCCCUCCACCUACCAGGUGCCCAUCCUUCUUGAGAACCAAGGGUUCCUCAACACGCUCAAGGACCUCCUUGAGAUCCGGUCGCUGCGCAUCGAGCCCAAGUACGUCGAUCUCGGCAAGGCCAUGUGGCACAAGUGGCACGGUCUGGCCAUGACCCAAGACCACAUCUUCGACACCGUCUCGAUCGUCCUGGUCGGCAAGUACACAAGUCUGCACGACUCAUAUCUGAGUGUAACCAAGGCGCUGGAACACGCGUCUAUGCACUGUCAGAAGAAGCUCAACCUCGUCUGGGUCGAGUCAUCCCACCUUGAAGAGGACCACCAAACAGAGAACCCCGCCGAGUACUACAAGGCGUGGCACGCCGUCUCCACGGCAGACGGCAUUCUCGUUCCGGGCGGUUUCGGCCAACGCGGCACAGAGGGCAUGAUCAAGUGCGCCGAAUGGGCACGCACCAAGAACGUCCCCUUCCUGGGCAUCUGUCUCGGCCUCCAAGUCGCCGUGAUCGAAUACGCCCGUAACAUCUGCGGCAUGAAAGAAGCCGACAGCGCCGAAUUCAACGAGGAAUGCGCACAGCCCGCCAUCGUGUACAUGCCCGAAAUCGACAAGACCAAGAUGGGCGGCACCAUGCGCCUCGGCAAGCGGCCCACGCUCUUCCAAGACGGCACGGAGUGGUCCAAGUUCCGCAAGCUGUACGGCUCCAAGACGGAGAUCUGGGAGCGCCACCGCCACCGCUACGAGGUCAACCCCGAUCUCGUGCCACAGCUCGAGGCCGCGGGGCUGUCGUUCAUCGGCAAGGACGAGUCCGGGAGCCGCAUGGAGGUCAUUGAGCUUAAGGACCAUCGGUGGUACGUCGGCGUGCAGUUCCACCCCGAGUACCUGAGCCGUGUUAUCACGCCCAGCAAGAGUUUCCUGGGCUUCUUUGCGGCGGCUGCGGGGUGUCUUGACGAGAUUACCGAGACGUUUCAGGGCGCGCAUGACCUUAGCCAUUUGGAGGUCAGGCCUAAGGCUGAGGCUCUUUAA